AUGGAGAAUUACCAUCCAAUGGGUGGUCUUUUUCACCAAACAAUCGACCGCAAGUUCUAUGGAAUUUAUGGGGCCGGUUCCGGCUCACUGUGCAUCGGGAGCGAACGCAACCCUCAACGACACAGUCGUGUGAAGAAGCCGUUAUCAGCGGCGUUCUCCGCCCGCGCGUUAGCCGACCAAGAAACCAUAGUCAGCCAAUGCGUUGACAGAUUUAUGGUGCAAAUAGAGGAUGUUGAGACGAAGACAACAUUCGGCGAAUCCUUUCACUCUAUCGAAGAUGGGAAUCUUCAUUUCUGGUCGUCACUUGUGGAAGAUUAUCUCUAUUUCAUCACGUUGGCAGGCAAUCUUCGCCAUUUCCCGCUCGUUUUGCUAGCCAAGGGGAUGGUACACAAGGGAAAAGUAGACAGGUACGUGACACCAAUGGUCGGCCGUUUGCUGGAUAUUGACUGCCCAUGCAUCUACAUUGGUGUAAGGAGGGCUGCGUUGACAUCCCAUACAGCAUUGCAGGUGGAGAGACGGUGGCUAAAGAGUAAACGGGCAUAUCGCAAGUUUCAGGACGAGAUCCGGGACCAACUUCGAACGCCGUUAUUAACGAGGCGCUGCGAAUCUACCCUCCGGGUCCACAAGGUUCUUCCUCGAGUAUCCCCUGGAGUUCCUAUCGAUGGCCAUUGGGUCCCUGCCAGGGUAAGUACCGAAGUCUAUACCAGCACAUGGAGCGUCACUCACGAGGAGGCCGAUUUCCAUUGCCCAGAAAUUUUCAAGCCGGUCUUAAAACUACUACCAUAG